CGACGAUUACAGAGGAGACAUCAAGUCAGUAAGAGAAGAGGCUGCAGUAUCCCAGACAUGUUCAGCAAACAGAGUGUUCGGUCCAGACAAAGACCCACCACGCAGAGAGGAAGAAACAACAUGCCCCGGCAGCCACCAAGACGGGACCAGCUCCGACAGACAAGAGCUGGGAGCCAGAAAACACAUGAAGAACGCCUGUUGAAGAUGAUUGUAUCAGUUCUGCAGCCUUUGGAAAUCACAGAAGAUGCAAACUUUCAGGAUUUUAUAAAAAACCUAAACAACACUUUUCAAAUUCCCACCAAACCUGGCAUGCACUCACUGCUUCUCCGCAUUUACCAGGAAAAGGAAGAAGAGUUGCGUUGCACCUUGGCCACUGCUGAUGACAUUGUACUGACAUGCGAGUUGUGGUCGUCAAGACCUGAAGACUCCCAUCUGACAGUAGGCUGUCAUUUCGUGAACAACUUGGGGUAUCUCAAGUCUCACAUGCUCAAAACUAUCAACCUCUUUGGAGAUGAGUCUGCAGCCAAUGUUCGCACUCAACUCUUAUCUGUAAUGGAGGCUUGGGGCGUGAAAGAGAAGGUCCACAGUGUUGUCAGAGCUGGCAUGCCUAAACUGGAAAACAUCAAAUGGACAGACAUGCCUUGUUUUGCCGACACCCUGAAUGUGAUAUUUAAGAAUCUGAUGAAAGAUGACGAGCUGUCAAAUGUGCUCAGAAAGUGCCAGAACAUCAUCAGGUUCUUCAAGUACAAUUUUGAAGCUGAGAGGAGUUUCAGAGAGACUCAACGCAAGCUGGGGAAGAACCAAGAAGAGCUGAUCAUGUACUACGGGGAGCAGUGGCUCCCCUGGCUGCACAUGCUUCAAGGACUGCACAGUCAGUACGAGACCAUGGUGAUGGUGCUCAACAAAAACGGCAAGACUGGUUUAAUUCUGAACGAAAAAGAUAAGGAGAAAAUCAAGAAUCUCAUAUCAGCUCUGAACCCUCUGGAGAAGGCCAUGUCCAUGAUGAAACGAGAAGGAUUCGAGACCAUCUCGGUCAUGCUGCCGCUGCUGAAGGCGCUCAUGGACAAACUCAGAGAAGAAGAGGGAAGAAACAAUGACAUUGCCAAGACAUUACUGCACAAAUGCAAAAGGGAAUUUGGUAACAUCGACAACCAUCAGCUGGCCACCAACACAUUUCUCGACCCAAGACACAAAAAUAAGCUGGGAGAACAAAACAAAAAAAAAGCCAUAUCUAAAAUAACACAGGAGCUCUUAAGGAACUUCACUCCUGCCAAGAUCAAAGGCAUCCUGGCCCGAUACGAAGCCGAGCGCAAUACUUCAGAGUCAGCAAACCCUUUUGCCUGGUGGAGGUACACAGGAAAUGCUCGUUUUGGUGAAUUAAGAAAACUUGCUCUGAAGAAACUUGGGGUGGUCUCCACUGCUGUGCCCUUAGAGAGAGCCUUUUCCAUUGCAGGUGAUCGGUUCUGCAACCUCAGGAGCUCCAUUGAACCAGAGAACCUCAACAUGAUCCUGUUCCUCAACAGCAACUGGUCUUCAGAGUGCUAGAUAGAUAUAUAUACUUUAUUACAGACUCAGGGUCCAAAGAGGUACAGUACGCUCUAAAGCCAAUUUUACUCCAACCGAGCACAAACCAAAGUUCCAAGCCAAUACCUUAGCUUGUACAUACAACAUACGGCACUGCCGAUACAUAUCCCCAUCACAAUCAUUUAUAACAUGACCCAAAUACUUAACUUCAUUACACAAUUAAAAUACUACCAGAUAGCUUAAAAAAAGGGAAUACAAGGGACCUGUCCUCUUUUGUGCAGCAUAUCAUAAUAACACUUUUUUUAGCAUUAUACUUGACAUCAUG